GCCUUUAGUUUGCUUUGCCAACAUAUCAGAUACGUUUCACAGGCUUCCAUCAAUAACCUCCUGGGGUCAUCAAGCCAAAUUUAUGACUGGCCAACACAAUCACGUGAUUCUAUUUAAACAUGCCAUAUUUGGGCAGCGCACAUAGAAUAAAGAAAGAAGAAUCUCCACCUAUAAAUUCUGCACUUUAGAGAACAAAAAACCCCCUGAACUUCAAAGGGCCACAAAUCAAGCCUAAUCAAAAGGGUGCAAAAAAUCCGACAUGAGUUCUUACGUAGCCAAUUCGUUCUAUAAGCAAAGUCAAAAUGCUCCUGCCUAUACCAUGCAAAGUUAUGGGAAUUAUGGAUCUGUGUCUGAGGUUCAGUCAUCCAGGUAUUGCUACAGUGGGCUGGAUCUAAGCAUCACAUUCCCAUCCUCUGGUUCUUCCAACUCUCUGAACGGUUUGGACAUGUCUUCAAGCCCUAGAACUAACCCCGACCGACCUUCCUGUACUGUCAUGGGUUCUUCAGGGCACUCUCUAGCCAGAGACGACCAGACUCCUCUAAACCCAGGAAUUUACAGUCAGAAGGCUGGUAACACGGCGUUGGAGGACAGAUCUAAGAGCACUGGCGAGAUCAAAGCGGAGCCGGUGCAAACUACACAACAAGGAGGGCAACAACUGCAGCAGCAGCAACCACCACAAAUAUAUCCGUGGAUGACCAAACUACACAUGAGCCAUGAAACAGAUGGCAAACGUUCCAGAACUAGCUAUACUCGCUACCAAACUCUGGAACUAGAAAAAGAAUUUCAUUUCAACAGAUACCUCACACGCCGGAGGCGCAUUGAAAUUGCCAACAACCUGUGCUUAAACGAAAGGCAAAUCAAAAUCUGGUUUCAGAACCGGAGAAUGAAGUGGAAGAAAGAUUCCAAAUUGAAAAGCAAAGAUUCUCUCUAAGGAGAAGGAUGACUCUCUAAAGAGAGAGUCAGUAAAUAUUUACACGAGUUUUGUUGUAAUCUACCUUCAGAAAACUUUUCUUUUUAGGGUGGGGAGGGGGUCGUAUUGCUGAAUGGACUGUGUUCAUACCCUCACAAAUCCAUCAGACAAAGGAGUUAUCUUAUUAGUAUGCAAAAACCUGCUCUUCGCUUCAUGCAGAAUUUAGUGUAUAGCUCUUUAGAUUGUUACUCAAUGUUCUAACCUGUACAUUCUGGGGGGCGGGAGGGGCUUUAGUAAUUAUGUUGCUCAAAAACAAUCCGCAGAACUAAUGGGUUAUAUUUUAUCAGUGCUAUGAUAAUAAUAGCAACAACAACAAUAAUAAGCUGCCUAAGGGAGAAAAAAAAGCGAAGUAAGUUGUCGAAAGUCACAGAAUCUUCCUUAACUGUCUGCUUAACCUUAAUAGGAGAAGGAAAAAUGCUGAUAUAUUUUACUGUAUGUAAAUUAACCUGUGUAUGCUGGAGUUCUACGUAAAAGACCUGACAUCUCCACUUUUACUUUCUGAAGUCUAAAAGAAAAUUGUUUACCUUGUACGUGGAUUGGAUAUAUCCACAGCUUAUUUCCUAGAUGCACUUGUCCUCAAACAUGGCAAAAACUCGGAGACGAGUUGUUUUUGUUUGUUGGUUUGUUUUGUUCGGACUUAGAAUUCAUUAUUUUUUAUUAUUUGCAUAUGAAAAGAAAGGAAUGGACUAUGAAAUAAUCGGCCUGAGCAAUCAUCCGAAAUAUCUGUGCAGAAGAGUAAAGCAUGUGGGGAAAAUGAAUUAUCUCGACCUAAUAUUAUUGUGUAUUUAUUUGUUGCGUAAUUAAUGUAGAUUUGCUAAAUGCUAAAAAUAUAUAAAAAAGCAAAAAUUUGUACAUCUUUGUUUAAAUGUAGUCCAUUUUAAUAAC